GUCUCUUUCUCUCUCUCUCUCUGCAUGUGUGUGUGUGUGUGUCUCUCUCUCUCUUGCUCUCUCUCACUGGCUUUUUCUCCCUCCCUCCUUGUGAGUGCAGUUUGGGCGUGCUGCCAGCUGGAGUGUGUGUUUUUUGAAUGAAUACCUGAUGAAGUUAAUGAAGCGAGCAGAGGGAGGAGCAGAGACACUGGAGUACUGUAGGGGAGCGCUGGCAGGCAGCGUAGUGCCCUUGCAUAACACGCUGGAGCUGCUGUUGACGCAGGGCUUCAUGUGAGCCCAGGCAAGAAGGGGGACUUCCUUUUGCACCGGCCCUUGCACUGGCUUGGGGGAGGGAAAGUGGGGGGGAAUUGGGCCUCGAAAACCCCCUCUGGACUAGGGGAAAUUAAAAAAGGAACUGGGGCAUACCUGCCAACCUUCCAGCCCUUUGCUCAGAGAAACAGAGAGAGAAGAGACAGAGGCAGGAACUCAUGUAAUACGGAUUGCCAGAUCAGUUGAGGAGGCUUAUGCUCAGUGGGAAAUGAUUCCUCAUGAAGUCCCUGGAUCGCUUUCUGACAGCAGGUGUGACUUCCAGUGCGUUAGACUGAGAUCUGUGACGUCAGACACUGAAGCCAGCCAGUGAGUGGGUGGGAGGAACAGAUCACGGAGCGAGCAAACGACAAACCAUGAAGUCCAACCAGGAACGGAGCAAUGAAUGCCUGCCCCCGAAAAAGCGCGAUUUCCCUGCCAGCAGCCUGCCAUCUGAUGAGAAGCCGUUGGUGGCCCCAGCCAGCGAGAGCCAGCGUGGGGAGAACCUGGCCUGGCUUGCCAACGUGGCUAGCAGGCAGAACAACAUGGGUAGCGGCCGGCACAGCAGCACAGGGAUCCCAGCCGAGGCGCCAGACGUAGCCUUGUACAAACCGAUUCCUAACACGGUGGACUAUUCCUCUUCAGCCAGACUUCCUAGGACGGAGGCUACCAUGGCAACGCUUCCUGCUGUGUAUCCUUCGACUGUCUCCCAGCCGGCGAUGCCAGUCUCUUCAUUGCAGAAUUCCCAGCUCCCACACGCUUUCCAAUUCAUCGGCUCGCCCUACCCGGGGCCUUACACCAGCUACAUCCCCUCGCAGCUCAUCUCUCCGACCGCAACCUCAGCCACCUCUUCUCAACGCUCCCAGCUCGAGGCCUAUACCACCGCUGUGAUGUCACAAGCGCAGGCCUCCAAAGCCGAGCACCACCAACACCAACAGCACCACGUGGUCCGGACACCUGGGUUGAUUGCAGCUGGGACACCGCCACCUUUUGCACAGCCAGCCAACCAGUAUGUCCAGAUUGCAGGCUCACCUUCGGGCAUCGGCAGAGCUGUCUCCUCCCCUCCCUCCCACAUCCCACUUCACCUCCACUCCCACCCAACUGUCAUCCCUCAUGCCCUCGCCCUUAGCGGGAAUUCGCAACUGGUGGUCCACUACACAGAUGGACACCUUUCUGCAGGUCCUCCUGCUAAGAAGCUCCAGGAAGAUGGGCGGACACGAGAAGUUCUAAACGGCGAAAUGGAUAAGGGCAGACGCUACAGUCUGUCCCAUGAGGCCAGCCUGGGCAAGCCUAACAGCGGGGGCAAGGGAGGCCCUCACCAUCACCAUCACCACCAGCACCAGCAGCAUCAGCAACAACAACAACACCACCAUUACGAGACCCGUCAUGUGGUGCUCCCUGGUGAAUACAACACACAGGAAACCUCAGGCAUACGGACUUCGCUGAUGCUGGUGCCUAACAGCCAUGCCUCCAGCAGCACAGACUUAGAGGCAAUCAGGGAGCAGUCGCCUUCCUCGAUCGCCCACAUUGAGAAGACUGGGCUCUGUCUGGGGAAGCCGAAUUCCAGAUCCUCCUCAUAUACUCUCUCCUCACCUCAGCUUGGCUCAGAUGGCUUAAAGGCAACAGUCGCCACUCUUUCUCCUCACACCGUUAUUCAGACCACCCACAACGCCACAGAGCAGAUCUCAAUGGGACUAUCUGCUGCGUCCUACUAUCCCAAUGCUGCCCAACAGCCCAUCAUUGGCUACAUUGCCGGCAGUGGCCAGCAACAGCACCAGCAGGCCAUCAGUUACCACACCAACCUGCCCCAGCACUUGGUCAUCCCUGGUAGCCAAUCUCUACUGAUCCCAGUGGGUGGCGGCAGUGGGGAGGUAGAAGCCGGGCCAACUAUCGUGACCUCAUCCCUGCAGUUCGCAGCAGUGCCUCACACCUUUGUCACCACCACAGUCCCCUUCGGGGCUGCAGAGACCCUAGUCAGCCAACCCUCGACCACCUACCACGCAGCCAUGGUGCAGGCACAGAUCCACCUGCCUAUGGUUCAGCCCAUGGCCACUGCCACACCUCCAAGUGUGCUGACACCUCCUGCCACAUCCUCCUCCCUGCCCCCUUACUUCAUGAAGGGCUCCAUCAUCCAGCUGGCCAACGGGGAGCUGAAGAAGGUGGAGGACCUUAAAACGGAGGAUUUCAUCCAGAGUGCUGAGGUCAGCAGCAACCUGAAGAUAGACUCCAGUACAGUGGAGCGGAUCGAGGGCAGCCAGAACCCCAGCUUUGCCAUCAUCCAGUUCGCAGUGGGAGAGCACAGAGCUCAGGUCAGUGUUGAGGUUUUGGUGGAGUACCCCUUUUUUGUUUUUGGGCAAGGCUGGUCUUCAUGCUGCCCAGAGCAAACUACCCAACUGUUCAACCUGCCCUGCAUCAAGCUCUCAGUGGGUGAUGUCUGCAUCUCCCUCACCCUCAAGAACCUGAAAAAUGGCUCUCUGAAGAAGGGCCAGCCUGUGGAUCCGACCGGCAGCCUCUUCCUGAAACCACCAAAGAACGACGGCCUGUAUGGGAGCAGAGUUAGGUACGUGGAGCACGAGAACGGAGUCGGGCAGAGAGGAGGUGGCGGUACUGCCGGCACAAUCGGCACACAGACCACCUCUGAAAAUGGAGAAUUGAAGUUUCUUGAAAAGACAGGGCAGCUGGCUGGUUGCAGACCGCUGGUCAUCAAAACAGAAGCCAGCAGCAAGCCCACAGCCAGGAAGAGGAGGUGGUCAGCGCCAGAGAGCCGCAAAGUGGAGAAAUGGGAAGAAGAGCCUCCUUUGACUCUUCCCAAGCCCUCUUUUAUUCCUCAGGAGGUUAAGAUUUCCAUCGAAGGUCUAUCUAAUUUAGGCAAGUGAAGGCUCACAGGGACAUUUUAUGACGACGGUGACAACGGAAAUUAUCCCUCAUUCAUGUUUUUGUUUUUUUCUAUCCAGAUUACUGUACUGUAGGCUAAAUAACCCAGUAUUUACAUGUUAUCAUCUUAUGUUAGGUUUAUGUUAUAACCUUGUAAUAGUUGCAUCUGGUAUUACGCAGGCAAUUAGUGCAUAUUUUCAUUCCGCAAAUCUCUGGCAGUUAUUAAGCAAUUUUUUAUAUGUAAAAAAGGACGUUGGCGCACUGCUUGGCACCACAGGGAAUGUGAUUGGUAGGUCUGCAACUCACUUAAAGCAAUGUUUAUAAAAAAGAAAAUUACGUACUAACCCUCCCUUUUCCUUAGGCCUCGUGUUGGUGAAAAUAGAUAAACAGGGCUAGCAGAUGGCUGAAAUUUUGCAAAGAUACCACUUUAUAGUUUCUUAAACAUAACAUGAACCAGGAGAUAUGCAGGGUCUGUUCAAUCAAACUUACUAACAUACAGUAGAAACCUUCUAAUAUUACACACUUGCUUAACAAGUUAUUUGGUCACGCUUUAUUUUAAGGGCCGUUUAUUAACUGUUAACAAACAUUGUUAAUGUUUAGCUUAGUGUUAGGUUUAGGGUUAGGGUUAAUACAAACCUGAUUUAAUUUGCUAAACAGUAACAAUUUGAACCGAUUUCAAGCAUAUGAUCGACUGGGUAUUGAUCAUCCAUAGGGCUCUGGUGUUUGAUUGAUUAUCCAUAGGGCUCUGGUGUUUGCAGUUUUAGCUGGCCUAUUAUAUAUUAUUAACUAUCAGUUAACAGAAAAUAAUUAAUGUACAUUAACAAGUUUAUUUGUUAACAGUUAAUAAACAAAAAAAACAGCCCUUAAAAUAAAGCGUGACCAGUUAUCUUUCUUGUUUCAACAUUUCGUAAUGAAAUAUGUUUGCUGUUAUCUGUUUGGAUGACACUUUGAAAUUAACACGCCCCAAGCUCAGGCUUACUGCUGCACCAUCAUGUGUGGGCUAAGUUAUGUUUAACACUCUAUACUUGACAGGUAUUUGGCAGAAAAAAGACAAAAAUGUUCAAAGGACUAUUACUUUCUCAAGACUGUGAUAAGGUAGCUGUGCGCCUAAGCUAUGUAAUUCACUGCUUAGAUGCAAAUGUAAUAGAGGAACUGUUUGCAGUCUAGGUUAAAGAUUAACUUAUUUGAGAAGGCCUUAUUUUUGCAGUAGUUUAAAGUCUGGUUUGCAAAGCCCCUGGAGAUGGCUGUACAUGAAAGGCGCUAUAGAAUAAUGUACUGUGAAGUGGGCCUAGGUUCAGAUCCAUGGAGUGGCAGGACGGAGUUACUUCCUUACCCACUUUCUCAUUCACAAGGUGAUGAUGCCUCUGGUAGGGUAUACAUGAUGUCAGCCAUCCCCUGGAAUUUGAACUCCUAUGCUUCUUUGUAUGUUUAUUUUGAGAUGCCCUCACAGACAUGUAUUUCCUGAAAGGAGUGUCUUAUUCUUAUUUUUACGGAACAUUUCUACAAGUUUACAAGGGGACAGUGCCGGAAAGGAGCACAGGCAGUGUUGAUGUGGACUUAGUGUCCAUGUAUGCAAGUCAUUGAUAAAGUGCUUGUUGUGCAGUAGAGUCCUUACAUGAAAAGAAUCCAGACUGGCCAAGGGAAAGCCAUUCAUCAACUCUGUAUGUCUUCCUUAUUGCCACAAUUGUCUACUUGUAAACCUGAAACAUCUUCUGAAAUUGUACAUUUUUUUCUUUCUACAGUGCAUUGUUUAUGAGCACCCUGUAUAUAGGAGACCCCGUUUAAACAUUCACAGAGGUAGCAGUAUCUUUACUUGCUGCUAACAAGCUUUUUGUUGGAUCUGAAAACAGCAGGGACCUUGCAAUUCACCCAAAAGGUGCCAGCACAACUCUAUACGAGUGUGUGUGUGUGUGUAUGUGUGUGUAUGUCAUUAGCAGGUUUUCAAAAAACAGGUCCAGAGAAGAUAGAGAUUGUCCACUGAAAUGAAAGUUACACAGAUAAAAAAGAACUGCCUUGAUUUUCUUUCUCUGUGGUGAGGACUGGGUGUUUCAACUGUGGUCAGUAGAUACGCACACACACACAGGGAUAACUUGCUGAGAGUCUGCAGCACUAGCCUCUCACAUCAAUCAGGUAUGCAAGCAGUGCCAUUCGUCCCUUAGGAAACAGAGGCCGCUUUUACCAAUUGCUAUGGAUAAGGUGGAGCUCGCUUUAUAUCUUUAACUCUAGUACUGUUUAUUUUUGUUGUUUUUUAAAAAGAAAACAAAAGACACAAUCAUCACUAUGGAUAACUGGUGCCACUUUUAACGUCUUUUCAGUUUAACAGAAAAUUGUGUGACAAAAGAAAGGGAUUAGGGGAGAAGAGAAUGUCUUUAAGCACUUAACAUGUCUGUCACACCUACUUGCUGAGAAUUGUAAAUUUAAUUUAAUUUUGGUUUCAGUAUUCAAAAGUACUGUUUGUGAUUUAUAAGUUUAGCUAGAGGAAUAAGAAAAUAAAACACCUUCAGUAACACUGUUACCUACAGAAAGACACGUGAAGGGUGAUAUGUGGGGUAAAAGGGAUGCAUGUGAAUACUGAACUAGUAUGUGACAGCAAAAAAAAACGAGUCCAUCGGGGACUGCUUUAGAAGAGGCACUUUUAGAGGCUCUAAUCAACAGAGCAUGAGGGCCAAGGAAAGAUUGAAAUAUAUAUAGUUAACUAAUUGUGUUUUGUAAAAGUUGGACUUUGGAUAAAGUCUUGGACAAAGAAUCUUGCAAUUUGCACACCUGGAGAGUUAGUAACUUUUGUGUUCAGCUGUAAAGUGGGGUAGCGGAAAAGAUGUCAAUGAAAUGUAGCAGUUACUUUACAAGUCUGUCUGAAACUGUAGGUCCUUUCUUAAGGGGCCACUCUCCUCUUUUUCUACCACUUAGUUACAUUCAACCUUUAUCACAUCUCUCUAGAAACAAUAACAAAACCGGGUCUUAAGGGAGCUGUCGGUCACACUUUACAAUUUUUUUUGUUUAGACUUCUUCUUUGGAAGAGAGUUAUCAAACUGAAUCAGGUUUUAUUUUUCUUACAGUAGAUUCUUUCUCCCAGGGUAAAACGAGAAAUAGAAAUAAUAGUAAUAGAUUUGCAUUGCUUUAUUUUUUUAAAAUGUAAAACAGGGUUUCACAGACUUACGUCUUGCAUACUCAAGUAAAUCUUAAAACAGAUUUUCGCGUUUUUUUCUUUUAGUCUGUACAUACGAGUGCUUUGUUUAAGCACAUCGCAGGGAAAAUAAAAAAAGACUUCCAUGCUCUUUAGUUAAAAAAAUAAUAGUUUUCAUUGCGCCGGUAGCAUUUGAGGGUGUUGGAUUCUUGUCCCAUGGGCCAAACUAGGCUAUCCUGACCUUUUUACUGAAACCCCCAAUUGAGCUACUCAUAUCCCUCCAUAUAUGUAGUCUUACUAUACAGACCUCCCAGUUUCCAAACUUACCAUCAAUUUAACACAAAGAACAGUGUAGAAUCACAUAUUGUAGGAGAUGUGGGCAUGUUUCUGUUGCAGAAAGACUGCAUUGUUUUAUUAAGCAAAGGAACCCCUCCCCCUCACCAUAUUAUCCAAGAGUGCUGGUUCACUCCUCCAUCUGUGCACCUAAAUAGCCGAUGCAAAAAAGGCCUGAUAAUGCAAAGCUUUCAAGUUUCGCAUUUCAAACAGCAUGGCAGACUUAAGCACAAGGUUUAUCUGGUCAAGUAAAGCAUUGUUAGGCACUGCACAAUUGAGAAACAUAUAUGAAAUGUAGGCCUUCUUUUGACCAUAGACAAAAGACUUCACCUUCAAUAAAAGGGUCUCUAUUCUUAUACUUAAACAAUAGGUUUGACUUUUUUUUUAUCUCAAACUUGCUAACCGGUCAGCGUUUUUAACCAAAAAAAAAAAAAAAAAGGUACAGUAUCUCAGCGUACAACAGUAGUCUUUUCAAUUUAUUAGGUGACAUGUUUUUGCACAGCAAAAUAGCUCAAAUACUUUCAUAUUCUCUGCUCAGGGCACUCACAUUCUCUCAAUGUUUUUAACUUUUAAUUGGAAAAAAGAAUGCACAAAGUCAAGCAGAAACUGGUGAAAACCACAGUAGACCUAGAUAGCUAUGGCUCACAACUACCACUGCUGAGAAUUUAGAAUCAUACAAUUCAGAAGCAGAUAUUAUAAACUGACUGACUAUGUGACACACAAAAAAAUGAGAGGAUAAGAUGCAAUGUCAUUUUGUUAUUAUAUUUAAAUAAAGGAAAUCCCGGGUAGUUAAACAUAAUCCCUGUAUUAGGGAAGGCUUGCAGUACAGUAUGUAAAAUGUAUUGACUGUUCAUGACCGUGUUAUAUUUAUAUAUGUUUUUUUUUUGUUUUUUUUGGUCUGGGCCACGCUAUAGUUAGCCUGUUUUUAUGGUGGCAUCCACCCAGCCAAUUCUAAGCAUCUUUAAAAUCUAUAAUUAAUAAUUAAAAAAAAAAAAAAACUACUAAACCUUUCAAUUUCCCCUGCUUUUUUUUUUUUUUUUUUUUUUCAAGAUAGGGGCCACAGUAAGUGACGUCAUCCGUUUCUGUCUAUUGAAGAUAUUUUAGAUGCUUUUUCAUAGCUUUUACUCAGGGAUGGGGUUGGUGUAUGUGUGUGUGUGGUGCACUCAUGUGACCAGAAGCAGCACUUUGACUGCCCGUGAGCAGAGGGAAACGUCUUUGGAUUUCUGAACCUCUCGCCAGGUUCUGGUUCUCCCUUUGAUUUCCUUCCCUCCACACCAGACCACACUAUCCUUUAGAACAUACAGUACAUCACUGUUAUGUCGCAGACCAUUUGAAAACAAACUUCGAAAAGGUUGUUUUGUUGUGGUUUUUCACCACCAUGACUACAUUAUUAGUCUGAAUAGUAUUGUUUGCUAUUAAUAGUUUUUGAACUCUAAUAAUAAUUAUUGUUAUUAUUAUAAUGACACCUCAGAAAGUGGGGGCCACUUUGAAAAAUGCACAUUUAAACCUUUUUAGGGUAGAAUUAAUAAUACUUUAUUUGCACUUUUAAAAACUAGAAGGCCCAGAGCCUGUUUAUUAUGUUUUUUUUUUUUUUUUUUUUUAACAGAGCUUGGUAAAUCCUAGGUCACACAUGCAUAUAUUUCUGAGAUAAAGUUGAAAAGGUAAGGUCUGUAGAAAUGUAGAACUGAACUGGCAGGCACAGAGAAUCACCUUUUUUUAUUGAAGCAAGCACUUUUUGCUCAGCAGAAUGCAGCGCAGUACUGUGUCGGUUUAAUUUUUUCAUAACACACUCUAAGGGGGAAAGGCCAAAAUUCUAAACUGUUGUGACAGUUGAUGAGGAGGGUAGGGGAGGUGUCAGGAAAUUCAAAGGAGUUGGGCACCUCUACUCCUGGGCAAAUUUUCUUUUUAAAUAGACCUCGCUUCAAAUGUGUUACAUUACUGAUAGGAUAUUUGUGUUUUCUUUGCAGCACUAUAAUCUUAUAAAGACAUAUAACUUUUUUAAUGUUGUAACUAAAUUGAGAGGCUUAACAAUAUAUAAAAGCACUCACAUUGCAGAGUACAGGUAAUGUUUUUUUUUUUUUCCUUAAAUUGCACAAAAGAAAAUUGAAUGUUAAUGCGAGUAUUUCAGUAUUUUUUUAUUUGUUUAUAAUAACAUUGAAUGUCACAUCUUGUGGGAAAGAAGACAAGAAAACAAACACAAGUCAAAUGGUUGCUGUUUGUUGAACACAUGUAACAUGAUAUUAAUGGCUAUCACCAGAAAGCAGACUGUCUGAGAAUUUUUAAAGCUCAACUACACAUUUCUGUUUAAUCCUGAAUACAAUUUGUGUUCUGUUUUAAGUUAGGUUCUGUUUGUGGCAAGCUGUGCACCCUCGCAGAGAGCAUUUGACCCAGUUAAACCAGUCGUUUUGUCAGUAAUGUGUUUAUCAACCAGUCCAAGGAACGCAGAAGCCAUUUUCAGUGUUUUGUUGAUGUUUUGUUACUCCUCAUCUCAGAUCCCCAUUACACCAGAGUGCAGUGCUGUAUUUCCAAACAUGACACUUCUAAAGGUAGUUAACAUUUGCUGAAUGUAUGUUAGUUUGCUUUUGACUAUCAUAAAAACAUAUAAUCUAAUCUGGCGUAUAUAUUUUAAUAAAAGGUAUUUAGAACUAUCCACACGUUACAAAAAGUGUUUUACAUGCUUGUCAAACUAACACUGGCCAACAAGUCUUAUUCCAGUCUUAUAUGAUUCAAACACCAGGGGUUUACAGCACUCUAAAUGUGUCCCAUUGUACAACGAGUAGUCCACAAUGGACACCAGUGUCUAAAACCACUGUUGUCAAAAGGUGACAGGUGCAACCCUUGACACUGACUCUGUGGAUCAGUGUUUGAAUACCCCUUUAAAAAAAAAAAAGAAUACAUGUUCUAGUACUAAUUCAUUCAACUAAUAAAAUAAAUCAUGUGGGUACUGGAUUUUGGAGCUGUACUACUGUAUGUUUUUACAAGGGCAAUUUUUUUCAUUAGUUUGAAUAUCAAUGACAAAUACUAAAGAGAACUAGUUCUGGCACAGCGGGGUGAUCUCUGUGCUAUUUCAACCGUGUUACUUGGAAAUGCAGACUGGCCAUUUACCCUCCCAACCGACAAAAACUAAAGUUGAGGGUAAUGCUUUUAUUUUUCUGUGGUUAAGUACCUUUGGAUGGGAAAGAGUUGUGUUUUAAUGUUGUUAUUACAUAUGUAGUAGCUAUUUUUUUAUAAGUCGGGUUAUAAGUAAAAAAAAAAGAAGAAACUUCAGCAGCCUAAAGUUGUUUAUUAUAGUAAUGGGAGGGUUGAUGUGUUAGAAGUCUUCCUGCAGAAAUGAACUGGAGGCUGUGCUGUGAAGUCAUGGCAGUGGAAAUGGCAGAUCUGGACAGUAGUGAGGGUUCAGGGGAGAGGGAAUAAUGUUUUGCACCUUACUGAUAAUAGAAAGAAACCAUUUUAAGUACGUACAGACAUAGUUAAGAGCUUUUAUUGUGAAAGGAGAACUUUUCCUUAUGCGUGCAUACUCUCUGUAAUUCCAGUGUAAUAUAUUGUACUUGCACUAGCUUUUUUUAAAAACAAAUAUAAACAAAAAUGGAAGAAUUCAAAUUCUAUUUUCUAAUCGUGGUGUGUCUAUUUGUAGGAUACACUCAAGUCUGUUCAUUGGAUUUUAGGGUCCCUUUCUUUGAUGGUGCUUGCAGGUUUUCUAGUUAGAAUUUAUUUCAUUAUUAUGAAUAACAAAACAAUAUUUGAUUCAGAAUUUGAACAAAUGUGUUUAAAAAAAAAGAAAAAAAGAAAUUGUCUGUAUACCAGUACAAGUCUAUUGUUUCAGUAUACUCGUACUAAUAAAAUAACAGUGCCAAUUGCAAA